AUGAACUACAAUUGGCGCACCAUCGAUAUUGACCAGUAUGAUGAAGACGCAUACACUGAAGACGAAAUAUUAGCCAGCUUCGAAUCGCAAAUGCCGGCUGACCAGGCUGAAGCAUUGGCACAAACGCAGAACACGGAUGUACGCAAUUUGUUGACGCGUGGUGAAUACGGCAAUGCUCUGUUGCGUGCAUUAGAAGACCCACCUUAUGGCCGUCAUCUCACUCAAGCAAAAGCAAUCAUCACACAAACAGUGGUUGAUACACUAAGCUUAAUCCGAGCAACCGACAUUGAAUCCACUAUAUCCACCUUGAACUUUGAUCAGAAGGACCUUUUAAUGAAGUACUUGUAUGCUGGUUUGGCGAAACCCGAGGUGUACAACUCAGGAGUUCUCUUAACAUGGCAUGAAAAGUUGACCAAGAUAGCCGGCACAGGUUGCAUUGUGCGUGUGAUGUCUGACAAGCGUACUGUCCUUUGA